AUCACUGAUACAGCUUAAUAGAGUGGAUGUAAUGAUCACCCUUGUCCUGUAUAACAAAACAUCUGUUGGUUAAUAGGAGUCAGGACUACUGUUGAUUUUCAGUAAGAAAUCAUUCUAUUUGUUGUAGGGAUUCUCCAAUCAGAUGAUGUCUAAUAUCUUUCUCACGAAUUCGUGAGAAAUGUGGAUAACAUGCAUCUUGUAAUUGUGUGCCUCUGCAUUCACAGUACCAAAACUGAGUGCUAUGUUUUCCAAAAUUUUCGUCAUAUGUGUGCAAAGUUACAAUUUUCCGGAAAGUCCUUUUUUCUCGCGGUAUGAUGGCUUGGAUUACUCUCCAGACUCAUUCAGUAAUCAACAUAAAAGGACACGUCGCAGCACCUCAAAAACAAACAUACUUUUGCCAAUAAACGCAUUCGGGAAAAUUUUUCAACUCGUUUUAUCUCCUGACUAUGAUGUAGUUCAUCCGAAUGCCAAGUUGAUUGUUGGUGGUCGAGAAUGGACUGGUGGUCUUCCAGCUGUUUCUGAUCAUGUUGUCCGGGGAUAUGUUGACGGAUUCACACACAGUGUUGUUUUUGGAAGUGUAAUAGACGGAGUGUUUCGGGAAUCUUAUGAUACCUAUUUUAUUGAACCCUCGGGAUAUUAUUUUAACAAAGAUUUUCCGUUCCAUUCUGUUAUAUAUAAUUCGUUGGAUGUCAAGAUCCCUACUGUUGGUCAGAGUCGUAUGCGUCGUGCAGUUCAAGAGAUGGACCUUAAGUUUUGCGGAUUAUCAUACCCUAAUAUUGUUCAGGAAAUGAGUAAAACAAAUAUUGAGGAUCGUGAAAAGCAUGGAAAUACCGUCUUCAGGUCAAGUAGUUCCUUCGUGAAGUCACCUUUCUCCAGGAAUCGUGGAUCAUAUUUUAUGGAGCUGCAGAGUCCGUUUGUUCGCUCAUUUAAACUUCCACAUCUAGUUAACAAUAAUUCUUUGUCAUAUAAAGAUGGCGGACCAAACACAAGAGUUUGUAACCUCUAUUUACAGUCAGAUACAUACCUUUGGGAUCAUGUUAUACAUAAGCGACAUAUUCAAGGCAACAGGGAGCUUGCUGUCAAAGAAAUCACUUCCAUUUUUACACAACACGUUCAGGCCGCCCAGUUGAUCUAUCAAGAUGCGAUUUUCCGUGAUCACUCAGGCCGUUUAGAAUUCCGAGGUGUCAGUUUUCGCGUUGAUCGUGUCCUUAUCAAUGUAACGGAACAUGACUGUCGUAAUCGUCUGUGGAAACCUAAGUAUUUGCAGGAUCAGGAUAACUCAUAUAUCUCACCUAAUGCCCUACCCCGUGAAACAAUUUCUGAUCAUCUGUUCCUCCAUCAGCCAAGUAAUACGGAUCACUCGGGUUUUAGUGGAGCAUAUACUGAUGAGAAUCCUUUUUGUGCACCCAAUAUUGAUGUCACUAAUUAUCUUAAUCUACAUUCAUACAACAAAUAUGAUGACUUCUGCUUGGCUUAUAUUUUCACAUACAGAGACUUUUCAGGUGGGACUAUUGGUUUGGCAUGGGUUGCUGAAGUGGGUGGUGCGGGUGGUGUCUGUGAAAAACAUAGGAAAAUUCUGGAAGGCGAUCAAAAUGUUUACAAAAGUCUGAAUACUGGAAUUGUAACUCUAUUGAAUUAUGGAUCAAAGGUAGCCACAAAGGUAUCGCAGCUAACAUUUGCUCAUGAAUUAGGACAUAAUUUUGGUGCUAAACAUGAUAAUUUUCAUGAAAAUGAAUCAUAUGGAUGCUUGCCGUCUAUUGAUGAUGUCCGGGGUAAUUAUAUUAUGUUUGCUAGUGCGAUAAGUGGUGAUAAAGAAAACAACAACAAAUUUUCCAAUUGUUCACUUGAUUCUAUUGCCAAACUGUUAGACCGUGUUUUACGGGGUGAAAACAAUUGUUUUCUAACUUCAGAUGGCCCAUUUUGUGGUAAUCAGUUAACUGAAGAAGGUGAAGAAUGUGAUUGUGGUUUCACCAGAGCUAAUUGCCAUGAUAAAUGCUGUCAUCCAAGAGAUUCAGCUAGUCCAUGCAAGCUGGUCAACAGUGUUUUCAUAGAUCAUGCCCAACGUACUGUUCAAUGCUCACCUACAGCCGGCGUUUGUUGCACCGAAAAUUGUCAAUAUCGCCCAGAAACUCAUAUGUGUCGCCCAGCUGGGGAAUGCCAUCGAUCAUCGAAUUGCAGUGGAAGAAUGUCUAAGUGUCCACCUGUUGACAUUUUACCAGAUGGUACUCUUUGUCAGGAUGGUACACGUGUUUGUAAACAGGGUCAGUGUAUUGGUUCAAUAUGUGAGCGUAUUCCUGGUUGGCAUGAAUGUUCUUUUACUCGAGAUAAAAAAGUCGUACCUGAAUUAAUGUGUUUCGUCGGAUGUAAGCAGAAUAUUUCCGGUGCACCAUGUAUCAAUUCUUUUCAGUUAGAAACAGAGCUAGAUUUAAGAGCGAAAUAUCCUCAGUUGGCUGUUGAAAUUUUACGUAAUGGGCGCGGCAUUAAAUUACCUCCUGGAGCUCCCUGUGAUAACUAUCGGGGUUAUUGUGAUGUUUCCAUGCGUUGUCUCUUAGUUGAUGCAGAGGGACCACUUUCUCGAUUAAGAAACUUGGUAUUCAGUCCACAAAUGUUGCAGAAAGUUAAGACAUGGAUAACGAUUCAUUGGUGGGCAGUUAUACUUAUAGCCUUAGCCGUUAUUAUAGGUGCAGUUACUUUCGUUAAAAUCUGUGCCUUUAAUACUCCACCUGUUCGUCUAAAUAAUGUGAAUCGUACUAUGCCAAACCUGACUCCCUUUUUAACCUCCAGUCAUAUCCCCUCUGGUUCUGUCGAUCAACCUGUUGUUUGGACUGUUACAAGUCAUCCUGUAAAAUGGACUGGUUCGUCUAAUCCACUACGUACUAGUCGUCUCGCACGCUCUUCACAGAGACAGUCUCGUAAAUCUAAAGAUAUUAAAGGAGUUAUUCGCUACCCAAUAACUUCUGAGAACAUUUUUAUUACACCCAGUGCACCUAUAGAUCCCCUGGACUUUCCUCCAUUCAAUGCACGUCAAACACCGUUACCUGUGUUACAUCCGAAUCCAUUGUCUCUUGUCGAGCUGCCUGUGCAACCUAUUCCAUGUAACAGUAGAAAUCCUAAUAAUUUUGAACCAGCUGGUGCCAACUCAAACGACUCAAAUACUGAAUUUCUGCAACAGAAUAAUUCUUAUCAAAAACCAAACAAUGUGCUCAUCCCUUCAACUGUAAAACAAUCAAAUGAUGUUAGAAAACCGAAAAUUCAAUCCAAAUUACUUUAUGACAAACGUAAGAAGAAGACACGACCAGUUCCUGAAUGUGCAGUUAACAGUAAUGUUUUUUUCCCUGAAAUUUCAAUCCCGAUGGAUCGUCCUAAUGAAGAAAAUGAAAUAGCACAUCCUGAACCUGAAAACAGGGUUUCUGGAUCUCAGUAUCUUCGUAAUGAUUCUAACGGUAUUUCACCACCAUCUUACGAUGAUUUGGUACAAUCUAAAUAAGUAGAGCUAUUUGUUUCAUUAAUUUGUUCAAUUGCGAUCGACAAUGAAAAUUUCUUUUAAUCGAUCGUAAGAUGGAAGCGACAACGACGAAAAGAAAACUAGAUCUUAUAAUUCCAUAUUUUUCUUUAUUAAGACAAUGACUGCAUUUUACCAGACAUUGCCUACUAUUUUAAUUAUUUAUUUAAUUACUGUGUCUUCCAUCCAUCAUUGUUCUUUCGAAAUUCAUUCAUCAUAUGUUUUCCGUUGUCACCAUAUUAAAAAAUUCUUUUCAAAAUUUUUUCUUUUCUCUUUUUAACUGAUUCUUUCAGUGUAUAAAAUUCACACUAACACUACAACACUCACUAUAAUUAUACAAACAUUUCAUGAGAUGGAAUAAAAUCAUUUAAGAAUUAUUUAAGACCAAGUUUCUUUGUUUUGUUUCAAUGUUUUAUCAACUGAACUAUCAUUUCAUCUAUUCAUAUAAUAUAUCUAACUUUUUCCAAUCUUUGUCACUUACUUCCCUCUUUCUUUGUUAAGUUGUUAAAUGGAUUGUUUUUUAUUUUCUCAAAUUGUUUUGUUGUUUAGUCUAGUUUCAAAAUGCUGAAUGACGAAAAAGAUUUCAUUUGGUUUUUCCUCUCAGUUUUGCUUUUCGUUUUGUAUAUUUAUACUUUUUGUUUUAAAUUGGUUGGUUGGUUUCUUUUAGUUAUAUACACUGUGCACUGAUGAUGUAAUGUAGAUCUUUUUCUUUAUCUUGAUUAAUCAUUGUAAAAUAAUAAUCAUUCGUGAUUCUUAUCAUGUAAUGUAAUAAGUAAUAAUCUAAUGUUCGAUCCCAUUUGUGUUUUAAUACAGUUGAGUUUAAAUUCACCUAGUAUUGUUUGUUUGAAUCUUCCCAUCGAUGUGUUAGGACUGCAACCGGUCAGUCUCUAAUUAGCAUAUGUACUGGGUUCGAGUCCCAGAGUGAACAUCAACUCUGAGAUGCAGGUACAUCCAGCUGACGACUCCCAAAUGGGACGAAACGCGCGUCCUGGAUAGUUGAGUUUAGUUAAUGUAUUUAUAAUGAAUAUAAGAACGAAACAAAUAAAAUAAAAGUGAUGAUCGUUGUCUGUAUUAUAAACUGUAUAGUAAUCGUUGGAAUCAUAAGAUUGAUCUUAACUCGGCUUUUGUGUUGUCUAAAUGUGUAAAAGGGUGUAUACUGAGGUUUAUUGAAGCCUUAGCCAUAAGAAAAUUCAAAUCCCGUUUGUGUAUUCAAAAACAGUUUGUUCUCUCCUUAAACCUACCCUGGUAAUAUAUGCUUAUUAUCUAGAGUGAUUAAAUGUCAAAUUGUUUUCCCAUUGUGUUUAUUAUUAUUAUCCAUUAUUGUCCAUUCUUACCCCAUUUCCAGUCUAGUUGACCUUUUAUUUAUUAUAUAUAAAUGUUCCUAACAAGUAUAUGUGUGAUCAGACCGUUCGAAAUGUAUUGCGCUAAUAUAUCACAUAGUUCUGA